AUGAAAAAUAAAUCAAAUAAAGAAAUCAAGAAAUUUAUAACAGCAGCACUACCGUAUGUAAAUAACCAGCCACACUUAGGCAAUAUAAUAGGAUCGUUAUUAAGUGCAGAUGUAUAUGCAAGAUACUGUAGAAAGAGAGGUUAUGACACUGUUUUUAUUUCGGGUACUGAUGAGUAUGGAACUGCUACUGAAAUGGAAGCUAUUAAACAGAAAUGUAUGCCUUUUGAUAUCGUAAAGAAAAACAGACAAGUUCAUAUGAAUGUCUACUCAGCAUUUGAUCUGUCGUUUGAUUAUUUUGGACAUACCCAUUGUGAGGAACAUAGAAAUUUAGUUCAACAGUUUUUCUUAAAAAUAAUUAAUUAUUUUAAACAGGAGGAAGUUUCUCAGUUCUACUGUGAGACAUGUGAACAAUUUUUAGCUGAUCGUUAUGUUGAAGGAUUGUGUGUUUGUGGGUCAAUAUCAAAUGGUGAUCAAUGUGAUAAUUGUGGACGAUGUCAUAUAACAACUGAAAUAAAGAAUGCUACAUGUAAAAUAUGUAAGUCGAGUGCUAAGAUAAAAACAACAACUCAUCUCUUUUUGGAAUUAGGUAGAUUGAAAGAUAAAAUUAAAAAUCAAGAUACUACAAGGUGGUCAGAAUCUGCUAAAUUUAUUUUUAACGAAUGGAUAGAAAAAGAUUUACACUCCAGAUGUAUGACAAGAGAUUUAAAGUAUAAAUGGGGUGUGCCUGUACCAGUACAAGGAUUUGAAGAUAAAGUAUUUUAUGUAUGGUUUGAUGCGCCCAUUGGAUAUUUAACUUUUCUUAAACAGGUAAAAGAUUUAACUUGGUUAGAUGGGUCAGACUUUGUACAGUUUAUGGGUAAAGAUAAUGUUCCAUUCCAUUCGAUUAUGUUUCCUGCAAUGUUAUCAGCACUUAAAGAAAGUUUAACUGAUGAUUCUUUAGUUAGUGAGAAUAAGAGUUUAGUUGAAAUGGUUAAAAAUUUAAAUAUUAAAGAAAGUUUCUUUAAAAACGUUAAAUUAAACUAUCAACCAGUAAUAAAUUCAACUGGUUAUUUGACAUUCAAUGGAAAAAAGUUUAGUAAGUCAAAAUCAAUAGGAGUAUUUGGUAGUGAUAUUUUGGAAAAGGAUGUUGGUGAUAUUUCCAAGUGGAGGUUUUACUUGUUGAAAAGAAGACCUGAAACUAAAGAUGCGGACUUUAACGUUGAUGAAUUUUUAACUUUAGUAGAAACUGAUUUAGUUGCUUGUUUAGGUAAUUUUGUAAACAGAACCUUAAAAUUUUUAUCUAAAAAGAAAAUUGUGAUUAGUGAAGUUUUAAAAGAGUUAGAUUUAAGUCUUGAUGAGUACAAAGAUGAAUUGUUGUUUGUAGAAAGUAUUAAAGAAACAUACAAUGAAUAUUUGGAAGUUAUGGAACAGAUUUCUAUUAGAAGAGGAUUUGAGGUACUUUUUAAGUUGUGUAAAAUUGGAAAUAAGUACUUACAAGAUUUACAAGUUAACAAAGAAAAGAUGAUUUUGGGAUAUUCAUUAGGUUAUUCAUUAGUAGUUCUAGUAGGCCAUUGUUUAGUUCCAUUUUUACCUAAACAAGCUUUAGAAAUCUUUGAACAAGCACAAGUAGAAAAUAGUGAGUUCCCAGCAACCUUUGAAAUUAUCAAAUUAAGCAGAGAACUUAAAAAUAUUUCUCCAAUAUUUAGUCAUUUUACUAAAGAGCAGAAAGAGACACUUUUAAGCUUUAAACCAGUUUCAGAUUAA